GCUAAAAGGCAGAUGGAGUGAAAGAGAGAGAGAGAGAGAGAGAGAGAAUGCAGGGGAGUGGGAGCGCCGUCUCGUGGUGAUUUCACCGGGGCACUUCCAGAGCUGAAUUUAUGGCACACAGCUGUUGAGUGGCUGACAGACGUGUGAGGAGCUCAAGCGCUGCUGCUUCUCAAGCCCCUCGUACCAGCUCGAGCUCUGCUUACCGUAGCGUAGGAAAGAGGACUGCUCUGCCACAACACACAACACCAGCAGAUGGUGCGGGAGCAGUAUGUCACCACCACCCAGGGCAGCAGCACGCCCAGGCCGGUGCCCGACCACGUCUACAAGAUCGGCAUCUAUGGCUGGAGGAAGCGCUGCCUCUACCUGUUUGUCCUGCUGCUCAUCAUCAUCUUGGUGGUCAACUUCGCUCUCACCAUCUGGAUCCUCAGGGUGAUGUGGUUCAACACGGAAGGGAUGGGACUCCUGCAAGUGCACUCAGAUGGGGUCAAGCUGGAGGAGGGCGAGUCGGAGUUUCUGCGCCCUGUCUACGCUCAGGAGAUCCACUCCAGAGAAGAUUCUUCACUCCUAGUGCACUCACAGGAAAAUGUUUUCCUUAAUGCUCGCAAUGAAAGUGGUGAUGUCACAGGGAGGAUAUCAGUGGGUCCAAAAGAGGUUCAGGGACACACUCGAAAUCUGCUCAUUAACUCCCACAAUGACAACAUGCUGUUCACUGCAGAUGGCAACCAGGCUGUGAUUGGACCAGACAAACUACGAGUCACAGGUCCUGAGGGAGCACUGUUCCAGCAUUCAGUGGAGGUGCCACAGCUGAGGUCUGAACCUUUGAAAGACCUGAGGUUGGAGUCUCCUACUCGCUCUCUCAGUAUGGACGCGCCGAAAGGAGUUCAUAUCAAAGCCCUAGCUGGUAACAUUGAAGCUGCUUCUAACAUGGAUGUUAUUCUGCAGUCUACUGUGGGACUGCUGGUGCUGGAUGCUGAGACGGUGAGCAUGCCGAGCCUGCCCCUGAGCAAAGGAGGGGUUUCUGGAAGUGCUCAGAAUCUCUACGAGGUCUGUGUCUGUCCCAGUGGCAAGCUUUUCCUAUCCAAGGCUGAGGUCAUCUCCACUUGUAGCGAGAAUCAAGAGUGCUAGUGGACUCUGAUAAGGUUAAUGAUUUUCCAUCUCUUGGUAGAUGCAUCUUCUGGGAGGCAACAAGCACAACUGUUAAUAUUCGGCCUGAGUUUUUUUUAUGUUUAUACCACAGAGGAUCUACGAUGAUCCCACUGGCAUAUCAAGGCCUGUAAAAAUACAAAUGCCUGCUGGCGUACAUGUUGGAGAUGACAUGAAGUGCAUCCUUUUAGUUGCAUUUAUGACCUUCUCCUAACUAUUCAGCUGAAACAAAUUGUCACUCAGAACCAAAUUUAUCUACAUCAGAGCUUUGCGGAGAUCUCUUUUACACACACAGUAUCAUGGCUGGGCAAUGAGGAGCUGGUAACAGCUUACAUCCUAUGCAAUAUUAUCUUGCGGUGCAAUAAAUGAAAUUGACACAUAUCAAGGGCUUGGAAUAAAAAAUUAAAAAAUGUCUCAAAUGGCAGAAGAAUGUUAUUGAAAAAAAAAAGUUUUACAUUUGCCCUUCUGGCUCCAAGCCCUCGGUAUGUUGUAUUUCUGUUUUGGUGUUUAGCAUGUUUUAUUUAAUUGGAAAAAAUUAAAGAAAUGCUGGUGUAUAUUUUGUCAUUGUCAUAGUCACUUAAGAGAUUACCUUUAUCUCAUUUAUUUCUAAUUCAAAUUCAAUUACAACUCUAGGCAACAGACUUCUUUUCUUAUUUUGUUUCAAUUGCUUCAUACUGUUGAGAUUAAAAUACCAAGUCCUUAUAGUACCAUAAAGUGUUGUUGAUGUAAUUAUGUUUUUGUUUUUUUUACGUAUGUUUUGCCUGUUAUUUUUAACCCCAUCAUAAGCAUGUAAUUAUGCAUUAGCAACAAGACAGAGAGCUUUUUCUUGCAAGGAAGCUUGUCUGUGUUUGUUCAAUAACCUCAUCUAUAGCCAGGGUCUAUGACUAAUAAAACAACAAGCAAAAAAAAAAAAAGGAAUAAUAAAGGCACUGUCGUUAUGGGUAGUUUAUUCUGCGUGGAGUAACUGAGUUUUGGUUUUGCCUUUUGUGUCAAAUAUGCAUAGAUUUUAGUUUCUUUUUAAACAAUUUACUUGACAGGCACUUAAUAGUUGCCUCUAUUGUAAAACUAAGGUUCACGAUGUCAAAAAGGGCAAUAUUUUGUAAAGAUAGUUACACUGAGUUUAGCAUCAAUUUAUGUUACAUUUCCGCAAGAUUGUUUUUAGCAUAAUUAACAUCACGUGGUGUUGUAUUCAGAAAUAGUUAACGUGCAGUUUUAACCUCUGUUCUGGCAUAUUUUGAUAAAGUGUGUAUUUAUUAAUUUUGUAUGUUGAAUAAACUUUGUGCUAUUCUUCUAA